AUGGCUCCGAGAAUCGCGACGUAUCUGUCCAUCUUUCUGUCACUAUGGUCUCUCGUAGCUGCUGAGUCCAUCCCCAAGACAGACUACGAUGUCAUCGUUGUCGGCGGUGGUCCUGCGGGUCUCAGUGCCCUGAGUGGCGUCUCUCGCGUGCGACGAACCGCGCUGCUCUUCGACAAUCAGGAGUACCGCAAUGGUCCUACCCGUAACAUGCACGAUGUCAUUGGCAAUGAUGGCACUCCGCCCGCCGAGUUUCGUGCCCUGGCUCGCGAGCAGAUCCUCAAGUAUCCCACGGCUCAUAUUAAGAACGCCACCGUCAAGUCGAUCACCCCCAUUGGCACGAACGAGGUCUCUGUAUUCUCCGUUGUUGAUGCAUCAGGCAAGAACUACACUGCGCGCAAGAUCGUCCUCGGCACUGGCAUGCGUGAUGUGCUACCCGAUACCCCCGGUCUGCAGGAAGCCUGGGGCAAGGGUAUCUUUUGGUGCCCCUGGUGUGAUGGCUACGAGCACCGAGACCAGUCAUUUGGUAUCCUCGGUAAUCUUUCUGAUGUGCUUGGCAGUGUAUUGGAAGUGAACACUCAGUUCUCCGACAUCGUCGCUUUUGUCAAUGGCACCCAGACCCCAGCGGGAGAGGCCCAGGCCACUGCAUCGCACGAAGACUGGAGAGAGCAGCUCAAGGCUUGGAACAUCAAGAUUGAGAACCGUACCAUUGCUUCGAUCGAGCGCCUUCAGGAUGGCGAGACCCACCAGAACAAGACCACCGAUAUGCAGUUUGACAAGUUCUUGGUGCACUUUACUACCGGCGAGCCCGUUGAGCGCAACGCCUUCAUUACCAACUUUGCAGCAGUACAGCGCUCUUCGUUGCCAUACCAGAUGCACCUGAAUGUCACAAAAGAGAAGAUCAAUGUCGAUGCCAGUGGCAUGCGCACGAACGUCACGGGCGUCUAUGCCGUUGGCGAUGCUAAUAGCGACGGCAGCACUAACGUGCCCCAUGCCAUGUUUACUGGCAAGAAGGCCGCCGUCUAUCUUCAUGUGCAAAUGUCUCGCGAGGACUCUGCGUCCAAGAUCUCCAAGCGUGUUGGUCUAAGUCAGCGUGAGUUGGAGAAGGAGGCAACCCGCGCGAUUGGCCGUAACCUCGAGCCGCAAUGGGAAAAGAUCCAGAAGCGGAACUGA